CUAAAGCCCGGGCUCUUUCCACUGAGCCACGCUGUAGAAAAAUGAUCCAGGAAGCAGAGUACACAGCAUGGACUGGAGCGGAGUGAACUGGAGAGACGCCUCACCCUCAGCCCCGAUGCUCCCAUGGCCCCCCCCAGCCCCCGGCCGGGCUCGCCCCUUCGGACGGAGGAUCUCCUGAGCGAGGCCAAGUGGCCUCCCCUCUCCGGACGGGAGGCCUCCCUGCUGGUCACCUCACAGCUCUAUGCGUCCUUGCACCGCAGCCGCCAGGCCGAGGCCGAGGCCCGGGCCCAGCUCCAGGGACCCCUGGGCUCCCCGACGUCCCCGUCCUCCUGUGCCGCCGACCACCGAGGACAGCUGGACACCCUGGACCGGGAGCUGAGUCGGAGUUUGACGGUGGGGGUGGAGGCGAGCGCGCAGGGAAAGGGGGGCUCCCAGCACAUCUCAGCGAUGGAAAGCGUCCGCAGCCACCUCCAGAGCAUGCUGCAGGCAUCCCGGGAGACCGCCCACCACCACCCCCUGGUCCCACCCGGUGGCCCCGAGCGGCGGGAGGAGGACUCCUUCGACAGCGACAGCACUGGUACCCUGCUCAACGCCCGGCCCCUGCAAGAGUUGUCCCCUCCCAGCUCCGCAGCAGGGCUGGAUGGGCUCUUCCCCCGCUGCAGCAGCCUCUGGCCUGGCUCCUCCCGGGAUCAGCCGGAGCUCCAGGGCCUCAAGGAUGCACUGGACACGGAACACACCCGCCGCAGGCACUGCGAGCGGCACAUCCAGAGCCUGCAGACGCGGGUGCUGGAGCUGCAGCAGCAGCUGGCCGUGGCCCUGGCUGCUGACCGCAAGAAGGAUCUCAUGAUCGAGCAGCUGGACAAGACGCUGGCCCGGGUGGUGGAGGGCUGGAACCGGCAUGAAGCCGAGCGGGUGGAAGUCCUGCGGGGGCUGCAGGAGGAGCGCCAGGCCGCGGAGCUGACCCGCGGUCAGCAGCAGGAGACGGUGGCCCGCCUGGAGCAGAGUUUGUCCCAGGCCAUGGAGGCGCUGAGUCUGGAGCAGAAGGGGGCAAGCCAGCAGCAGCGGGAGCGGGAGAUGCUGGAGGAGGCCCGGUUGGCGCUGACGCGGAGCCUGGAGCGGGAGCAGCAGCGGAGCCGAAGCCUCCAGGCGGAGCGGGACGAGGCGCUGGCCGGGCGGCUGGGCGAGCAGCGGGAGCUGGAGAGCUUGCGGGCCGCCCUGGAGGAGCAGGCCCAGGCCCAGGCUCAGCGCGAGCGGCAGCAGCAGGACCAGUGCCAGGCUUUGUGCGAAGAGGCCCGGGCCCAGCUGGAGCGGGAGCGGGCGAGCGGGCAGCGGGAGGCUCAGGUGGCCCAGGAGACGCGGCAGCAGCUGAGCUCGGCCCAGGCGGACGUGCGGAGGCUGGAGGAGGAGCUGGACACGGCCCGCAGGGAGAGGGACGGGCUGCAGCUGGAGAACAGCUUGAUUCAGGCCCGCUGUGAGGCCCAGCGAGUACAGAUCGAGUCCAAACUGGCAGUGCAGCUGGAGCAGCAGAUGACGGAGCGCCUGGCCCAGGUGCACGAGGGCAGCCUGCGCCAGGUGACGGCCCUGCGGGAGCAACACAGGAAACACGUGCAGGAGCUGACCGGGCAGCACCAGGAGGAGCUGGCCACCCAGCUGGCCCAGUUCAAGGCGGAGCUUGCGGAACAGGAGGCGCGGCAGCAGCACGUGGCCCAGGACUACGAACUCAGGCUGGCCCGGGAGCAGGCGCGGGUGCGGGAGCUGCGGAGCGGGCACCAGCGGCUGGAGGCGCAGCGGGCGGAGACGGUGGGGCGGCUGCAGGCCAUGCUGCGGGCGCACUGGGAGGAGGCUCACCGGCUGCUCAGUGGCUCCGCCCCGCCCGGGGUCCCACCGGCCCCUCUCUCCAAUUGCCCUGGUUUGGCAGCCCCAGGGACAGAGGAGGAGGAGGAGGAGGAGGAGGAAGGCCGGCCCUGGAGCGCCCCACCCCCGGCCACGGCCCUGAAGCCGGUGCUGCAGCAGAGCAGAGGCCCAGAGGAGCCCGGGCCCCUCAGCCUCGGCCGGUGCCCCUCCCCGGACCUCAGCUCCUUGCUGGGCCCCAGCUUCCUCAGCCAGCAGAGCUUCCAGCCCCUGGAACCCCAGCCAGACAUCACCCCACCCCCAGCCGGGAGCAUCCCUUCAGCCCAGCAGGCGGAGCGGCCCUUCCCCGAGGAGCAGGGUGGCCCCGCGGAGCCAUCCAGCCUGUCCCCUGCCUCCCUGGAUGAGCUGAAGCAGUAUCUGCACUUGCUCCUGGACCCUUUUUCGGGGAAACUGGCACCCCCAGACCAGGACAACCCCCCUGUGACGCAGCUGCUGUCUCAGCCCGGCCCCCCAGGAUCGCCACAGUGGAAGGAUGCCCGCUCCAUUCCCCGCCCCCCACCCGCUGUCCACAAGACCAAGGUCCCCUUGGCCAAGACCACCAGCCUGUUCUGGGGGCCCGAAGCCCCGCGUAGCCCCACCCAAGGCCGAGGUGGCUGCGGAGGCCAAGCCAGAGACCCGCCCGGAUCCCCCGAGAAGGGCAGGGAGGGCGACCCGCCAAACUCCCAGCAACUUUCGGAGGCAUCACGGCUGCUGAGGCUUUGCCAGGCCCAGGGUCAGGCCGGGGCGACAGAGGAGUUGCUGGCAUACCUGCGGCGCCUGGAGGAGCGUGGCAGGACCGAGGGUCAAGGGGACGCGGCCCCCCGCAGAAAUACGGACUUCCGACUGGGAGAGGCCCCCAGGAGAGAGCCUGUCCUCCGGCGCCUCACCCACAAGGUCGAGAAGCCCCCAGGCAGGAAGAAGGCCGGGCCUCCUGUCCCAGGCAGCACCAGGAACAGAGGGGGAAUCUGGAGGUGACACCAGCCUCCCCUCACCACUGUGCAAGGUCCCCCAGAGUGGAGUUCUCCCCCUCCUCGGUCUUGUCCUCGGUGUUUAGGCCGGAGCCAUCGAGUUUCUAUGUAUUUUUAAAAUAAAGACGUUGGUUUGUAACCGAGGCUCGAAAUGGAUGAGACGAGAAGGGGGAGCUGGCCUGCGGUCUCCUGUGGAAAGCUGAGCUGGGGUCAGCUGGGGGUAUCCCGACAACUGUCUUGACCUCCUCUUUGAGCCCACCCCAAACCCAUAGUCUCCUGGCCCCUCUCCCCAACCUCCUCCUGUAGCCCUUCUGGGCCCCCACCCUCGAACUUGCCUGCAUCUCCUCUCACAACCCAUCACCCUCACCACUAAUCUUCACUACCGGGUUGGCCUCCGGCCUCUAAUCAGCUUACAGGGGAGGAUUAUGGCCCAGCACUAGGCCCAGGGCCCUCCCUCCCCCAUCCGCCCGUUGCCCGACCCCCCGGUGCCUUCGGCUGGAGGAGAUCGGAGAGCCACUGGAGGCUCGGGAGCCCCCACCCGCCACCGGACCCGACUCCCCAGGACUGUCUG